UGUUAGCAAGCUUUGAACUUCGAAAGGCCUGCGUCUUCAUGGCGAAUGGAUGCACAGAUGUGCUUUUUACCCGUGGAGCAGGGCAUAGUGAUGAUUCUGACAUAUGGGACGACACAGCGCUGAUUAAAGCUUACGAUAAAGCAGUUGCAUCUUUCAAGACUGCCCUUAAGGGUGAAGAAGACACACCACCCACCAAGGACAAUCCAGGAAAGAAGCGGAAAAACGACAAAAAGAAUCAGAGCAGAAAGAGAAGUAAUUUCCCUCCAGAAAAAGAGUGGCAUGUCGGGGACUCCUGCAGUGCCUACUGGUCUGAGGAUGGUCAACUGUACGCUGCCACCAUCUCCACCAUACAUGAGAACAAAGGCACCUGCGUGGUCGUGUUCACCGACUACGGCAACCAGGAGGAGCAGAACCUCUGCGACCUGCUGUCUGAAAGCUCGGAGGUAGAGGAGCCGCCUCCAAAUGUGGUCACCGAGCCCGAGUCCUCGACGGAGGAGAGUGACAGGUCGUCCACACAUCAACGCAGUCGCCCUCAGCCGCACUCCAAAUCCCCUAAAGCACCUGCCACGUGGGCCCCAGGCUUCCCUGGUUUUCCCUUUCCUCCGGGCCCCCCUCCAAUGCCUGGCUUCAGACCAAUCUAUCCUGGUUGCUUCUUCAUUGCGAAGAAACUGAUAAAGCUUUUUGAAGUUAUCUUUUAUCUUCCUCUCAGUGUCCUGGGCCUGGAUCUGGAGGAUGAAGUUGAUUAUUUAUAAUAAUGUGUGCUAAAGUUUUCUACUGGUAAGAGUACACAUUUGUAUGAUUACUGAUGUCCUACCGGGAUAUAUUUUGCAGUUUUAUUAGAAGUCAAUUUGAGUUCUUGGAACAGCUUCAGUUUACGCUGUAAAUCGUCAAGCACUGUCAGAAGUUCAACCUGCAAUUUCAAAUGGUUAAAAAAAAAAAUACAUUUUACUCCGAUACUUGGUUCCAAGCUAUUUUAAAAUAACAUUGUGGCUAUAUACAGUAUGAGUGUGUGCAAUGUUAGAAUUUCCGCUUGCAUUCACCGAAUUGUCCAAACAAACUCAUAUCCUGCACUACAGACAUAUAAUGUACAGUACACCAAAUAAACUAAUUUAGUUCUUCAAGUUCAAGUCACAUUUUCAAAAAUAUUUCCGUCUACCUUACCUUGUGAUCUUGUACAGCUUCAUUUAUGGG